AUGGUUGUGAGUAAUAGUGCUUUGGUGUGGAUUCCUAAUGAAGAACAUACCUUUAUUAGGGCUAAAUUUAUCUCUGAUGAUGGAGCCACAGCCAAAUGUAAUUUAAACAUAAAUGACGAUUCCAAUGAUAAUAAUACUGAUCAAACAGCUACAGAUAUAAAUACAAUUAUUGAAAUUCCUUUAAAAAAUGUUCAUCCGGUUAAUCCUUCGAAUUUUGACUUGAUAGAUAAUAUGUCUGAGCUUACAUAUUUAAAUGAACCUUCUGUACUUUACAAUUUAGAAAAUAGAUAUAGUCAUGACUUAAUCUACACUUAUUCAGGUCUUUUUUUAGUUGCUAUUAAUCCAUAUUGUCAAUUAGAUAUCUAUUCUUCAGAAUAUAUAAAUCUAUAUCAUGGAUUAAAGAAAGAUAUAGAUAAUACUCUCAAUAAUAAUGAUGAUUCUGUUAAACCCCAUAUAUUUGCCAUUGCUGAAACUGCCUACCAAAAUUUAUUAACUCAAAAGGUCAAUCAAACCAUACUUGUUACUGGUGAAUCAGGUGCGGGGAAAACAGAAAAUACUAAAAAAAUCCUGCAAUAUUUAGCAGCAAUCACUUGGCAUAAUCAAUCUUUACCAUCUGAACAAUCUUUUGAAAAUAGAAUCUUACAGAGUAAUCCUAUCUUAGAAUCAUUUGGUAACGCUCAAACUGUAAGAAAUAACAAUUCUUCCCGUUUUGGUAAAUUUAUUAAGAUUCAGUUCGAUUCAUUUGGUAAGAUCAACGGAGCAAAUAUUGAAUGGUAUUUAUUAGAAAAAUCAAGAAUUAUUCAACAACAUUCUCAAGAAAGAAAUUAUCAUGUUUUUUAUCAGUUUUUAACUAGCGUACCACUUAAUGAAUUAAAUACAAAGUUUAAAUUGCCUUCUAAUGUUGUCAAAGAUUAUAAGAUACUUUCAUCUUCUAACCAAGUAAUCCCAGGAGUUAAUGACCAACAUAAUUUUAAAGAAUUAAUUGAAGCUAUGGAAACUGUUGGAUUCACAGAUGAUGACAUUCAAUCUAUUUUCACCAUUAUAUCUAUAAUAUUAUUGAUUGGUAAUAUAGAAUUUCAGUCUGAUAGAUCACCACAGGCUGCAUUUACCAAUGACAUUAAACCAUUAACUGAAUUAUUAGGUGUAUCAACGGAAGAUUUCCAAAGAUCUAUUGUAAGACCAAGGUCUAAAGCAGGAAAAGAAUGGGUCUCACAAUCGAAGGAUGCCAAAAACGCUAGAUUUAUAUUAAAUUCUUUAUCUCGGAUCUUAUAUGAAAAAUUAUUUGCUCAUAUUGUGGAUCAAAUUAAUCUAUCACUAAAUUAUCAGAAUAAUUCAGAUAAUGCAAAUCAUAUAGGGUUAUUAGAUAUUGCGGGCUUUGAAAUCUUUAAAGAUAACUCAUUUGAACAAUUAUGUAUCAAUUACACAAACGAAAAAUUACAACAAUUUUUUAAUCAUCAUAUGUUUAUACUGGAACAAAAUGAAUACGUUAAAGAAAAGAUACAAUGGCAAUAUAUCGACUAUGGUAAAGAUUUACAAUCAACUAUAGAUCUUAUUGAACAAAAAAUACAACCUUCUGGGAUUUUACCUUUGCUUGAUGAAGAAUCAAUUUUAUCGAAUUCAACAGAUGACACAUUCUUACAAAAAUUAAUUAAUAGUUGGGAAAAUAAAUCAGAUCGAUUUAAAAGAUCCAAACUAUCAAAUGGAUUCAUAUUAAAACAUUAUGCAGGUGAUGUCGAAUAUAAUGUAGAUGGUUGGUUAUCAAAAAAUAAAGAUCCACUUAAUGAUGAUCUACUAUUAACAUUAACAAAUUCUUCAAAUAAAUUGAUUUCAUCGUUUUUCGACCAAGAAUCAUCAAACUUAAGUAAGUCCUUUAGAACUACUUCAUAUCGUCAUAGAGAACAACAAAUUUCAUUAUUACAUCAGUUGUCUUUGUCUCAUCCACAUUUUGUUCGCUGUAUUAUUCCAAAUAAUAAUAAAAUUGCAAAAAAGUUUGAUAGAUCAUUAAUUCUAGACCAAUUACGUUGUAAUGGUGUACUUGAAGGUAUAAGAAUUGCCAGAGAAGGUUAUCCGAACAGAAUUCUUUUCAAAGAAUUUUAUCAACGAUAUAAUAUAUUAGCAAACCAAAAUGGUUUUGACUUUAAUAUUAAUAACAUUAAUUAUAAAAAGCAAGCUGAAGUCAUAUUAUCUUGCCUUCAUAUUGAUCCAACGUUAUUUAAAAUUGGUAUCACUAAACUAUUUUUUAAAGCAGGUGUUUUGGCCAAUUUAGAACAUGAAAAAGAAACGAUGCUGAUAACUAUUACAUCAAGACUUAAUAGUAGGUAUAGAGGUCACCUUGUGAGAAAUAAGAUCAAAAAUAGAUUGGUGAGAUUGAAAUCUAUAAGAAUUUUGUUAGAUGCAUUUCGUACUUAUAAUAGAUUAAUGGAAGAUCCCUGGUAUAAUCUAUUUAUAAGAGUUAAACCUUUUUUAUCAUCUACUCAGGAUAUAGUUAAGACCAAAAAAUUUCAUUCUCAAAUUAAAGAUCUUGAAAAUAAAUUAUUGCAGAGUGAAAAGAAUAAUACUGAAUUGCAACAAGAUAAAGAAGAAUUAAACAGACAGUUAGGAUCCGUAAGGGAAAUGCUAAAGGCAGAAUCUUUGAAAUUGACAGAAAAACAGAACAUAUUAGAUGAUAUUGAUAAAAGACGACAUCUGUUAGAAACACAAAUAGCAGAAAUGCGACAACUUUCUGAAUCAUUAGAAAAUGAGAAAAGAGAUAUUAUUGUUAAAUACGAAGACUCUCAAACUACAAUCUCCAAAAUAAAUGCAACAAUUUUAGAAAAAGAUGAAAUUAUCAAAGAAUUGGAUAAGGUAAAGGUUAACCUCGAAUCUCGUUUAGAGGAAAUGAAAUCUUCUUUCGAUGACAAACUAAAUAAUCAUAAUAGCUUAAUUAAGGAAAAAUCUACUUUAGAUAAUACUAUAAAAUCUUUACAUGAACAAAUAAAAUCCAAAGAUAAUGAAAUAAGUCAGAUUAAAAGGCAACUUGAAAUAUCAGAAAAAGAUCUCGACAUAAAGUUGGCAACCUUAGAAAAAAAUACCAAUGCUUCGAUGAAAAGGUUAGAGACACUAAUAAAUGAAAAUAAAGAUCUAAAAAUACAAGUGAAUAAAUACAAAAAAUCUCAGGAGUUAUUACAAAAACAAAUAAAAACAAAAGAUCAUGAAUUAAUAAGAUUAAAAGAUAAAAUACAAAGUUACAUAAACGAUAUGAACAAAAUAUCGCAGCAACGAGAAGAAAUUAUUUUAGAAAAUACCCAAUAUACCAAUGAGUUAAAGAAUUUACGUGAACAACUUAAUUCUAUUAAAUCAAAGUAUGAAAUAUUGGAGACUAAAUAUUCUCAAAAGAAGGAGGAAGUCAACAGAGCAUCACAUUUUAUUCCCGGUAAAUUUGAGAUCGAAAAGAUGAAGGAAUUACAAGACAGAUUAGAUCAGGAAAUAUCCUUAAAUAGAUACUUACAAAGUCAAUUAAAUAAUACAAACUCUCCAAGCAGGUACUUGGCAUCCAACAGGGAUAAACCAAACGAAGAAUUAGUAAAUAACUAUGAUGAACUAAAAUUGAAAUUAAAUCAGACAUCUUAUGCUCUUCAAGAAGAAAUUGAAAAACAAAAAGAUCUUAUUGGAAGAUUAAGAUUCACCGAAACUCGCUUGGCCUCAUCCUCCUUUGACUACCAAACAGCUAAGGGUCAAAUAAAAAAAUUGAGGCAAAUCAUAGAAAAAGCAAACCUUGGUGUUGAUAUAGAAAAAGAAUUGCAAUCACUACCAACUGUUGAUGUAAACAUUGAAAAGUUAAACUUAGAGGUACAACAUUUAAAAAGACAAUUAAAUUUAGAAAGUAAAGCACGGAUUGAUGCAGAAAAUGUUGCUGCUGCUUUACAUGGAAAAUUUAAUAAAAUUCAAAAAGAUGAUUCUUCGUCUAAUAUUUAUAAGUUAAAGUUCGAGGCUAGUGAGGAGAGAGUCAAGUCUUUGGAAAAGAAGUUAAGGUCUGUACCAAAAAAUUCACCGUCAACUGGUGAUUUAUUUAAAAAUAGACAAACUGUAUCCCAAUAUGAAGAGGAUGUUAGAUCACAGAAAUUGGAGAAUUAUAAGUUACAAGACACCUUACUAGAAUCAGAUAAGAAAAUCAGUAAAUUACAAUUUGAAGUUAAACAAUUACACUCUAAAGAGACUCUAUUAAAUGAGCAGAUAUCCAGGUUGGAAGAAAAUCUAAAUGAUUCAGAAAAACAAAAAAAAUUAAUAAUGUCAACAAUGACACAACAAAAACAACAAUAUGAAGACUGUCUUGCUGAUUUACAAGCUAAUGAAGUCCAAUUAAAAGACUACAUGAAUUCCUUGCAACAGGCAGAAGAAGAUGUAAAAAAUAUGGCCGAUAUAAUUGAUAAAUUAAAGCUUCAAAAUAAACAAAAAGACAAGGUAAUAUGGGAAACUGAAACCUCUAAAAAUGAUAUCGAUAUGCAACUACAGGAAAGUAUAUUAGAACUAAAACGUGUCCAGGAUAUCAACAAGCUGUUAAAAUCAGAUAUGGAUCAUUUAAAAGAAGCAUUAGCAAAGGGAAAUGAUAAUACACAUUACUUAAAUGAAAUUGAGGCGUUAAAAUUAUCUCUCUCCGAGAGUAGUAGAAGAGAAACUGAUCUCAAAAAAGAAAUAUCUACACUAAAUUACAGGUUAGAAACAUUAGGAAAUGAGUCUGAUGCCAAGAUUUCUGAUCUUUUAAAACAAAUAAGUCAUUACACCAAUCUAGCUGAGGUAUUAAGCCAAGAAAGAGAUGUUGCUGAUGCAGCUGAACAGAAUCUACAGAAAGAAUAUAAUGAAAUAAAUUCUAAACAUGAUGAAUUAAAUUCAAAAAUGCAAUUUCUUACAAAUGACCAUGAAAAACUUAUUAACGAUAUGAAUGAAUUGCAAAUUAAAUAUACAGAAACAAAAAAAUUAUUAACUCAAUCUAAUGGAGAGAAGCACGACAUGUUGCAACAAAUCAAAUAUUUAGAAGAAACACUGAAUUUGCAAAAGGAACAAAAUGAACGUAACGAUGAGUUACUUGGUAAUUUACAGGAACAACUUAAUCACUACAAAGAAAAUUUUGACACUGUCAAACAUGAAAAUAUUAAUCUCAAGGAAGAGCAUGAAAAUAUGAUCAAUAGUAACGAACAAUUGCAAAAUGAAAUCAAUACAUUAAAAGAAAAGUUAGAAGACCGUAGUGAACAAAAUAAGUGGUUAGCUAAAAUCCAUGAAUUAGAGACAUUAGUUACCAAGGAAACAGAAAAAAAGUAUGAAGAGAUGAAGAAACGUAAAAAUUACGAAAUGAUUAUAGACGAUUUAAAAGAUAAAAAUGAACGACAAAGCGAAGUUAUUCAACUAGCAAAUGAAGAUAGAGAUCAAUUUGAAAGAAAUAUCUUGCAAUAUAAUAAACAAAUUGGAGAUUUAGAAAAGUUAGUUUCAAAACAGGAAGUAGAUUUGAAAAGAUUUGUUCGUGAUAACUCCUACUAUCAAGAAAAAGUAUCAGAUUUGGAGAAAGAACUAGCAUUUUGGAAAGAUAAAGCAAGUGAUAGAAACAAUAACAUAGAUAGUACAUCUAAUGGAACAUUCUAA